UCCCCUGCGACUGGAGCGCUCCUUCCGUAGCGCUGACUUGUUUACAUGAGCCUUCGCUGAGUAAGAUUGUGUGAAAAUGACGACGCAGAAAGCGGAUAAUAUCAGCUCUAUCCCCAUCGAUGGGUUCAGCAAUUUAAGAAUCACAUCCAUAUGGACGUUUCUCAUGUCUGUGCAGUGGUCAGAGCCUUGGCUUAUUGGACUGUUGGUGUUUCAUGUUGUGUGUUUGUUUCUGACUGUGGUGACGUGCAGGUACUACAGAGCUCAGAUAUGUCACUUCCUGCUCAUGGCUGGCCUGGUGUACUCUGCUGAAUAUCUAAAUGAGCUGGCAGCCAUGAACUGGAGGUCCUUUUCCAAUUUCCAGUACUUUGACUCUAAGGGCAUGUUCAUAUCUUUGGUCUACUCCAUUCCUCUUCUGCUGAACACAGUCAUCAUUGUGAUGGUGUGGGUGUACAGGACCUUUUCCACCAUGACGGAGCUGAAGACACUCCAGCUCAAGCGAAAGGCCCGCAGAGAGAAGAGAGAGAAGAGUGACUGAUCGCUCACUUUAUGUCCAAAAUAUGGGCUCAGUGGGAGAAAUUAAGACUCUGCCAGGCUAAUCCUGAAUUUUGGAAGAGGAAGGCAGAUUCCUUCUUGUGACUGCAAAAAGGAUUGUUGGUUGAUGCCGGUCAGGACUGGCUCUCUGUUUCUGCUAACAGUGGUGGAAAGAUGCAGCUGAAUAUACUGUACAAUAUGAGAUUUAUGAGGACCACAGAGACAUUUACUGUUUUGUAUUUAAUGUUGUUUUAAAGUGUGUUAAAAUGCUCAAAGUGUUUUUGAAUGACUUUGAUGCGACUUUGAUUUCAAGGCCUGGGAAUGUUGCAGCUUUAGUUCGAUACAAGACUGUGGAAGGGCCUCUUAUGGAUACAGGGUGUCUGCGGGUCCUUAAAAGGUCUUAGAAAGUCGAAAACACAUUAACUAAUAAAAGGCAUAAAAAAGUAUAAAUUGCCUUACAUUCAGAAAGGAAGGCUCUAAAUGUUUUUAUGCCUCCGUGCUGGCGAUAGCUGGAGCCAGAGGCAUUGUGUCUCAUUCAUGAAACGUGAGCAGAAGGAAUUUGUGUGUAAACUGUUCGCAGACGGAAAUUUACGUGCGUGUCCACAUUCAUCAAUAUUUAUCUUUUCGUAGCUACUAACAAAAUCUACUCCUGCUCCUGACCACUCGUAGUGCUUGUGUCAAUGUAGUAAAGCACAUAAACAUUGCUUGUCACUAUUGGAAAUUACAAUUUUAAUUCGUUAACGUGUAACUCUGUUAUCUACACAAUACACAGAUGCCUUUGAAACACGUAAUCUAAACAUGACAAAAUAUUAAAAAUAUAACACAUUUAGUUAAAUUAGUUGGCAAUUAGCAGGUUUAAGAUCCCGAUUAGGUUCAUGACUGUGAAUUAUCUAUGUAAAUCGACUCAAUAGAUUACACGUUCUUUCUACAUGUUGAAUGAUGAUAAUAAAGAUAUCCGUAAGGACA